GGUGGCCGAGGUACAGACAUUAAUGUUCAGCAGGACGUAAAUGAGUGUGGAGGUCUCUUUGUGCUCCUCUCAUACUUUCCUAGAAGUCACCGUGUGGAGCAACAGGUCUUUGGACGCACUGCCCGGAAAGGAAACCCAGGGAUGGUCCAGAUGGUUCUCAACCAGGGCCAUCUUGCACCAGCCUACCAAGGCCAUUCCAUCGAAACCAUGAGACAGCUCAGAGAGGAGUAUGAGCUCAGACAUUUAGACAGCAUGGAGAAAUAUAAGUGUGACAUUGAAAUUAAAGAAGCUCUCUUCUCCACAUUUUGUGAAUUUCUGUGUGACUUUGACAAGAAUUACACGGUGGAAGAAAGGAGUGACCUGUCCAAGGUGAAACUGAAGGAUGUUCCUGAAUAUUUUAAGAUCCACCAGAACAAGUUUGACUAUCAGACUGCACUGAAUGCUUUGAAAGAAUCUUGGGCUUUGUGGCUCAUCCUUCAUGAAGAGCACAUCAGCAGACAUGAUGAUAUCAGCAAGUUGAGAGAAGACCUCACCAAAGACUUGAAGAAGACCGGUGACUUCCUUCUGCAGGGGACUAGCUGUAAUUUCUAUGAUUACAUCAAACAGGCAACAAGCAGAACUGACCUGCACUGCAUGAACAAAACUAAAUGUGACUUUGGAGCAAAGACUUACUGGCAGAAAGCUGCAGAGUGCGAUCAUUUCUACAGUGCUGUGGCGCUUUAUAAUCAAGCUUACAUCACACUCAACCUCAGAAAAGGAGACUACAUAGCUGAGGCAAAGAAAUUAUUGGAGGAAGCACAGUCUGCAGUGGAUGUCUAUCUCUCAGAAUCAACAAAUACGAUGAUGUUUUGUAAUUUUUCAGUGAUGAGUGCCUUUGUUCCACACCACACAAACAGCAACCUCCAGAUCCAAAUGCAAGCCAGGAUGAAUAUCUUCAAAUCUUGGAAAGGAUACAUUGAAAGUGCCCUGACAACUCUGAGACAGCACGAUGGCAGCGAAGGUGAUGCAGAAGUAGAGGAUUCCAGUGUGUACCAUCUUUCAAAAGAUAAAGAUUUAAUCACCAUCAACGAGCUGAUGAUGCUCUGUGAAAAUGGCCUUAGCACAGUCUUUGAGGUUAAAAAGAAGCCCGAGUUCUGCUAUGAUGCCCUUGCUUGUUUUGUUCUUGGUGCCCUUCAAGUAGCAGCUGGUGUUCUUGUUUGUGCUCUGUCAUGUGGUGGUGCCAGUCAGUUUGGACUUGGACUGACUUGUGAGGGGGUAUCUGACAUGAUUGAAGGGAUCAAGGGAAUGAUACAAGGAGGCUUUGACUGGGCUGAAUGGGCAAUCUCCAAGGCCAUCACCAUUGGAUUGUCUCUGAUCUCUGGUGGAUUCAGCCGACAAAAGAAAGCCAGAAGUGCAGUGCGAAGUGGCACAAAAAGUCUGAUCACAGGAGCAAAGAGUACAUCUGUCUGUACAGUAAAACAGUGUUUUCUGAAGGUGGGAAAGUAUGCAGUUCAGGAACUGGGGAAGCAAGGAUUUAUCAGUGAUGUGACUCAUACUGUUGAGAAGGAAACUGAUGCUUUUUUCCAAAAGGUUCUGAAGGACGUCUUUGAGAAAAAAGUGUUUUCACUGAUAAAAGCCAACCGUGAGCUGGAUAAAGUUCUCACAAACUUCAUUUGCUCAGGAAUACCAAAGACUGCCCUGGAGAAUGGGUCCAGUGAAUUCAGAAUUGACAAAGGGUGUGAGGAACAAAUGCUUCAGUCAGUGGAUCUGAUAACAAGAGAAGUCAUUCCUGCCCUGAUGAUGAAUUGUACCAUGGUUCUUAAGGUUCUUAAUAUACUUUCAGAAGUGUGUGGUGCUGUAACACAACAAACAGGAAGCCAUCAAGGGUUGGAUCUAAUGGAAAAAUCAGCUGAAAAUGUACAAGUUAAUGUACAAACACUGGAUUCAAUACCUACGGAGAAGGUCAUUAACAACACUUUUGUUCCUCAGCUGUUGCAAAGCAUGGAAAAACUACCCCAAGAAAGGAAUGACCAGGAUGGAAGACAUGGUCUAUCAGAUGUGAAACGCUUUAAACAUGAACUCAUCAACAUGAUUGCAGAAAGUGCUUCAAGCUCUUAUGUUGAGGCCUGUUUCAGACAUAUGACCUCCAUCAUGAGCAAAAUAUGCAUGAGUCAAAUAAACCAUGCUGCUGGUGGUGCCGUUAGAAACAUUCUCAGCAGUGUCGAUGCCCAACGUUUCUGUGAAAACCACCUUUAUAAGCAUCAUAUGAAAAAGGCAAUCCAAAGUUCACAUGAGCUGUUGUCACAGUCUGAGAAGAGGGACUUGGAGUCUUACAUAGAGAAAAUUUCUGAUGUUAACCACCCUGCUACAGCUUUGGACAUCCAUGUCCUCACACAAAGUGAUGCUCUGGAAGGCAAAGGCAUCAAACUGGUUACGGUGGAUAACGAUGGGAAGAAGCUUUCAGAAGACUAUUUUCCAGGGAAGGAGGACUCAGCAGGUGAUAUAGUCCUCCAGCUGAAGAAGGAGCCAAAAAAUCCAACACAGACAGAGGGAUCCUUCUCAGACAUGACUGAGGGGAUCUGGGGUGAACGGAGCCAAUGCAGUGGUCACUUUGAAAUCCUGCGCCCAGAUGGCACCGUGAUCCCUGUAAAUUCAGAGGGUCAGAACUGCCUCUAUCAUGCUGUUGUCCAGGCAACCUGGAAAGACCAAGGUGAUAUGAGAAAUGAGGCAGUUAUCCUCAGGAAUGAAAUCAAACAUACUCUUCAACAAAACUUACCGAGAUACGUGGACGUUUUGAAGCUGCAGAAAGAAUUUGAAGAAACAUGUACGUCCCCUGGAAGAUAUUACAUCUGUGGAGGAAACAACGAAACAGCUAUGAAAGAGUUCUUAAAAAAAUGGAACAAAGAAGUGAAAAAUCAGGCUGAGAACUCCGUUAUUAAGACACACAAACUUGGUUUGGUCGGAAAGCAUCAUCCGUUAAAAAACGAAACGGCAGAUAUCAAGAACGUGGAAGCAGACCAUAUCCCUCCUAAAUGUGUCUUUAUAAAUCUAUACAAAGAUCCUUGCUACAAAGUGGCAAAGUGGUGCCAUGAGCACGAAAAUGAUGAACUUAGAAGGGCAUUUGAUAAAGGUUUGAAGAAAUCCAUUCAGAAAAUUCUAAGCAAACAAAAUGUAAGGUUAAAUGGUUGUGUAAUGUGUAAAGACGUCAUCAAGGGAUUGAGAAAGGAAUACAAUGAAGAAGAGGAGAAAAUCAAAGGCUUAUUAAAAGAAAAUAACAAUAACAAACCACAGGAAGCUUUAAUAAAAAGAAAAAUAGCCAUUGAAGUUUGCAUUAAAAAGAACGAGUAUGAAAUGAUGAUCCUGGAAAGAAUGAGGCUUGAAACUGAUGAUGAGAAUGUAAAGAAACUAGAGGAAAUCACAGCAAAGAUUAAGGAAAAGGAUAUGUUGGUCAAAGACCACAAAAAAAUAAAGAAGAAGAAUCUUUAUGAUCUGAUUUGUGAAAAUGGAGAUAACGGGGCAUGCAGAAAUGUUCUUCAAUCACAUCACAAACAAGGCAUCACUUUUGGCAACGUUUCCCAUUCUCGGGCUAUGAGUAAAAUCCUACAAGAUGCCCUUCUUUCUGGUGAUGGAGAAAAACUGAUAAAAUGGUCACUGACGGUGGCAAAUCCAAAGUUUGCAAAAUACAUCAAAGCUCAACUACAUCAAAGGAUGGGUUGCCCCACAGAGGAAUAGGACCCCCCCCGACUUACACACACAACAACAAAGACAACACAAGGGAAUACAGUCGGAGAUCGGCAGCGUUGGGAGAAUAACACUGAAAAAAUUACACAACAAUGGGAAAAGUACAAGAGGAAAAAAAGAGACCUCUUCACACGCUGAGCAACCUAUGGGAGGACAGCAUGAGAACAGGAAACAAAAAAACUCCUCUGCACAGAGAGCACAUUAAUGUCCACAUCACAACAUCAGAGCACAUGACAAGCCACAGGGGAUGGAUAGGGUGGUGGGGGGUAAUCCGAAGGAACACAGCAGUCGUCCUGCACCAUGCUAUCAUUUCAGCGCGGCACACAGACCUGCUGCCUUCCCCCGCAGGAACAAGCACAAGUCUACCACUGUUUACAGCGCCGCUGUUUUUUUUCCUUUUUCUUCUGAAAAGAAAACCUCAUUUCUGCUGUUCAAUACUGAACAAAUUUAAACUUUUUACAAUUUUACAAA